AAAGAAGUCUUUCAAAACCGCACAAAGUAGUGUACAAUGAAACAUUUGUGGAUUAUCAGCCUUCUUCUAUUCGUAUUUGUAGCACAUCAAUCUGUUGUGUCUGCUGGAGCUCGCGAGCAACAAAACACUUAUGACAAUUUAAAUUGGCCUGCUUUUUGGCAGCGGUGGUUGGAUGGGGUAGCAAGUAUGUUUAACGCUGUCUGUAUGCUGGGCAAAAUAUGGGAAUUAUUCAGUGGGAAGUUUUUCGGGUUAACUGCAGCAUAGUCAAUUGCAGAAAUGUGCUUCAUUGGAACAGAUGAGUGAUUCAGUGAACAUGAUCUGCGCUCAUCUGUUCAAACCAAAUGUCACUUGCAAAAACGACAGAAGAAGAAUUUUACAGACAUUUUAACAUACAUUUUGAAAAAAUAAAAAUAACUUUGCAUACAUGUCACAUUCUACGAAAAAAGAACUAUUUGUUAUAAGCAGUUAAUUGUGCUUAAACUGUCAUCCA